GUAUACUACAUUGAUUGCGCAGUUUCUGGAAGGUUACCUUGACCUUCACAAUGGUAAUACAGACAAAGGCAUAGCAGACAAAGGCGAUGGUAAUCAUAGAAUAGAAAAAUAUAUAUUUAAAUGA